GUUUCCUGCUGCUCACAUGUUUAUAACAGCAGAGAUAAACCAUGAAGUCUGCUAAUAAAAGCGACAUUAAAGACAGCAACACAGACACCAACGACGACGAAAAGGAGGAGCUGUGUCCCGGCUUCAAAGAUGUGGACGCCUUCGUUAAGUACGGAUUGGGUGCAGUAUUAUCUGCCACCAAAGCUUCUGCAGUCCUGCCUCAAGCUGGAGAUGAAUAUGAUUUCUACCGGAGCUUCCCAGGAUUCCAGGAAUUCUGUGAAAGUCAAGGAGAUAAACUCCUCCACAGCAUGAGUCAGAUAAUGCACCACCAUGGCUGCCGGUCUCACAUGAGAGACCGAAACAAGCUGACGGGACUCGAGGAGAGGUUCGACUUGGUUGUGGAUUCGAACGACGUCAUCCUGGAACGAGCGGGUAUUCUUCUGGAUGAAGCUGACGGGUUGAACAGGAGCCAGCAGCCUGUGAUGCCUGUGGGCUUUCAGCCUCCCAAAAUUGUCGUUUCCAGCUGGAACCGCAAGGGUUCCAGCUCUGGAAGCCGCUCAGAGACGUUUCGGUUGCUCCACGCCAAGAAUGUUGCCAGACCUCAGCUGAAAUUCAAGGAAAAAAUCGACAACAGCAACACACCUUUUGUUCCCAAGAUCUUCAUCAAGCCCAACGCUUUAAAGCCACUUCCUGCUUAUUUCACCAACAAGCAAAUGCGUAAAGAAAGGCCGGAAGACCUUGACGUUCCCGCUGCCCUGGCUGACUUUAUUCACCAGCAAAGAACUCAGGAACAUGUUGACGACAUGUUUGCACAUCCGUACCAGUAUGAACUCGACCACUUUUCAGUGCCAGAGAAGCUUCUGUUGAAGCCAGAGCCGCAGAUGUACAAACCAUUAGCUGAGACCAAACUGUCUUACAUCGAUACCCUGGAAGAUCUGGUGGCGCUGAAUGAGAAGCUCUGUAAAUUGUCAGAAUUUGCUGUGGACCUUGAGCAUCAUUCCUACCGCAGCUUCCUCGGCCUCACCUGCCUCAUGCAGAUCUCCACCAGAGACGAAGACUUCAUCAUUGACACUUUGGAGCUCCGCAGCGAGUUGUACAUACUGAACGAGGCGUUCACUGACCCGUCUAUUGUCAAGGUAUUCCACGGCGCCGACUCGGACGUCGAGUGGCUCCAGAGGGACCUGGGGCUCUACGUCGUCAACCUUUUCGACACACACCAGGCGAGCCGGGCCCUCAACCUGGCCAGGCAUUCCCUCGACCACCUGCUCAAACACUUCUGCAACGUGGACGCGGACAAACGCUACCAGCUGGCCGACUGGAGGAUCCGGCCCCUGCCUGAUGAAAUGGUUCAGUACGCGCGGAGCGACACCCAUUACCUGCUCUACAUCUACGACUGCGUGAGGGUGCAGCUGCUGGACUUCAACCACGGCCAGCCCGGCCUGCUGCAGUCUGUCUGGAACAAAAGCAAAGACGUCUCCCUGAAGAAAUAUGUGAAGCCCAUAUUCACCGAGGAGUCGUACUUGGAGCUGCAGAGGAAGCAGAAAAAGUCUUUAAACACCCAGCAGCUCACUGCCUUCAGACUGCUGUUCGCCUGGAGGGACAAGCUGGCCAGGCAGGAAGAUGAAAGCACAGGAUACGUCCUGCCCACCCACAUGAUGAGUAAAAUAUCCGAGGAGCUGCCCAAAGAGCCUCAGGGCAUCAUCGCCUGCUGUAACCCCGUGCCCCCUCUGGUGAGGCAGCAGGUCAACGAGCUUCAUCUGCUGGUGCAGCAGGCCAGGGAGAUGCCCCUCCUGAAGGCCGAGAUCGUGGCUCAGAAGAUGAAAGGCCUCACCCCCAUUAAGAAGCCAGAGGUCACGUUAUUUGGUCCGCACGAUACAUCGAAAGUCUCUGAGAUCGACCUGACUCCGUUUUCCUCUGACGAAGCGCAAGUCAAACAAGGACAGCUUUUCUCGGAGGACGAGCACAGAAUGGACGUCGACUCAGAGAAAACAUGUGGCCUUGUUGCAGCAGCCAAAAUCACGCUGUUCCAGGAACCAGAAAUAAAAGAUGACCAAGAUUCUGCCUCCGUAGCUCAAACGAAGGCCCGGCGCAUCGUGGAGUCCUUUGAGAAUCCUUUCAGGAUGUAUUUACCCUCCACCGGUGUGCACAUCAACAAGAACGCCAAGUUCGACCCGUCUUCUAAAAUCUUCGAGAUCAGUAACAGGUGGAAGCUGCAGACGAUUGAACAGCAACAGAUGGAGCUGGAUGCUAAGAAGAAAGCCAAGCAGGACAUGAAGGAAAAGGCGAAGAAGGAGUCGGAGGAGAGGAACAAGGCCAAGCAGAGCUAUCAGGACUCCCUCCAGAACAUCUCCACGGUUCGCCAGCAAGCGGCGGAAGCGGCGAAAGGACAGAAACGAGAGCGUGUUGCCGGUGAACCUGGAGAGUCGACUCCCAAACCGAGCAAGAAGCUGAUGAAAUCUGCAGAGACGCCCCAGAGGACAGAGGAGACUCCAGACAGCUUCAAACCCUUCGACUACAGUCAGUCAGACCUCAAAGUCUUCGCCGAUACCAAAUCAAAAGACAGCACUCAGUUUGAUCCAAACCGGCAGGCCCAUGACUCCAAGAAAAAGAAAACACCGAAGGGACCGAAAAACACGGGAGCUGGAAACCGGAGCAUGUCGUACCUGGCUGGGAAAUCAGACAGAGGAUUUCGACACAGCUGGCCUAAACGGUAGAUUCUCUUUGAUGGCGUCUUCUUUUAAAUAAUGUUCAUCUUUCAAAAACAAGAGUAGACUCUUUUCUUUUUAUUUCUUUUUUUUUUUUCCCCCAUUCUUCAGUAUUUAAAUUCUGAAAGAAUUUCAAAGUGUAUUUUUUCAGCUGUUUAACCUGUGAAUAUGUGGAAACGCAAACCGCUUGAUUAAAAGCAAUUUAGAGGAAAACAUUG